AUGGAGGAAGUCGUGGGACGCGCUGACGGACGCCCGCGAGAAGAAAACUCUGACAAGAGGCAGCAGCCCACCACAUGUGGAGCAAUAUUGACACAGUUGAGCAAUGUUCUUUGCAAUGGGAGCGAAGAUCCUGCCAUCAACGGCAAAGGGAAGGAGGUAGUGGAGGAGGCAGCCAGGUUGGUGAGGGAGUUGAAGGUCAAACUGGGGGAGGUGAUGCUGGCCAAGGUGGAAGACGCGACCGUGGCGACACGCGCACAACGCCAACCCGAAGGAGUGAAAGAAGCCAAACUGUCAUCAUGGGCCAAGGUCGCAGGACAGGGAAUUCCAGAAAAACCAGUGCCUAACCGAACCCUCCGCGAGAUUACUGUCCUACGCCGGGACUGCGAAGCCCUCCCAGCUGAGGAGGCCACCCCCCCAGCGAUUGUGGCAGCCGUCAACGCCAGAAUUAUGGAUGUGACAAAGGGAAAGGUGCUUGCAGCAAGAUGUCUCCCCAGUGGAGACAUCAUCCUGACAACCGACGCGAGGGAGACCAGGGAGGCCUUGACUAAGAGCAGCACAUGGCUGGAAGUCUUGGGACAAAAGGCGAAGGCAAAGCACACCCUGUACCCAGUCAUGGUUAAGGGAGUCCCAAUGGGCAACACCAACUGGAAGGAGGAACAGCAAGCCAUCAAGGCAAUUUACGCACAGAAUGAAGGACUCCGAAGAGGGGUACAAAUUGAGAGACUGUCUCUACGACGGAAUGCCAGCUUGCAGGCAAAGGUUGGGUCUCUUGUACUCAGCGUCACCUCGCCUCAGCAAGCCAACCUACUAGUAGACAAUGGAUUGAUAAUAGACAGCAUAUUUUGUGACGUUGAAAUCUUCCACCGGGAAGCGCAGGUCACCCGGUGCUUUAACUGCCAUGAGUAUGGGCAUACGGCCAGAUUCUGCAGGCAGGCCAAAAGGUGCGGGUUCUGCGCGGCAAAAGAACAUGACGACAAGGAAUGCCCAGCACGAAAAGCUGGGGAACAACCGAGCACCACAGAGCUCACAACCUGGGUCUCAGCUACAGGAGGACCUAAUGGACUACACGCAGACCCCAGCCCCCACGCAACAAUGAGGGACACACUAAACCUCCUACAAUAUAACGUGCACAACUCUGCGAGAGUUAUGGUCAAUGUGUAUGCACCUCCUCCAGGGGGCUACAGCAGUGAACCGGAGGAAUCCCCCAUAGGCCAGCUGCAGGAGGUAGCCGGAAUGGGCACAGAUGCAGAGCUGGUCAUAUUAGGAGAUCUUAAUGUCCACCAUGAGAGGUGGGGAGGGGUGAGAGUGGAGAGAAACUUCCGCAUGGCAUGGCAGCUAAUAGCACAGGUGGAUAGGCUGGGUCUCCAGCUUGCCACACCUGUAGGAGCUACCACAUGGCAGGACAGAGGCAGCCCAGGAACGACUAUAGACCUCACCUUUCUAUCACCACUCCUGCACGACAAGCUCAGGAGGUGUGCAAUAGCGGAGGAGGCAUGCAAAGGAUCUGACCAUAAGCCCAUAGAAACAACACUGGAACUCACACCCAUCCCAAAGGAGGCUGAGAGACGAAACUGGAAGAAUGCGGAGCCUGAGGAGGUAGCAAGGGACUGCCAAAAGCUAUAUGUGCCACAAAGCCUGGACUCCAGGCAAGCAGUCAAGGAGUAUGCAGACUACCUGGUAGGAUUUGUAGGGACAUUAGCGGACAAACACGCCACCGUAAUGGAGGAGUACAAGCAGGCUAGGAGGUCCCAGCUCCCAGAAAUGGAGCGGCUCAGGGCACGCUGCAAGCGCAACAGAGAAAUCCACUUGGCUAAGACAGCAAACUUCAGAGAUCUGGUUGACAGGACCCAAACCUCUUUUGAGGGGAAGGCUGAGGCAUUACGACAACGGUUCUUCCCACAGCCAGAGCCCGCCGACUUAAGUGACACCAAUAUGGAGCUGCUGCAAGCUGAAAGGGAAGCGUCAAAUGACACCAUCAGUGUGGAGGACAUGGAAAGCCUGAUCCAGAGACUGCCAAACAGGAAGGCACCAGGGAGGAGUGGGAUCACCAACGAGUUCCUUAAGAUGCUGGGCAGAACAUUUGUGGAGGCCAUAACAGCUCUCACCAAUGCAUGCUGGCAUUGGGAGACUUACCCAGACACGUUUAAGGAAGCCAAGACAGUGGCCUUGCGCAAGCCAGGGAAGGCUGACUACCAGACUGCAGGAGCGUGGAGACCCAUUGCCUUGCUGGACACAAUAGGGAAGAUUGUGGAGGCAGCAACUGCAAAACGCCUGCGGAAGAUCGCGGAGGACCACAACCUGCUACCCUCACAGCAAAUGGGGGCAAGAAGGGGCAGGUCCACUGAAACAGCCAUAGCACAACUUCUAGCCCAGAUAAGGACAGUGUGGCAGCACCCAGGACAGGUGGCAUCGGUACUCUCCCUAGACAUGACAGGGGCCUAUGACAAGGUGCUGCGGGAGCGAAUGGUUCACAUCCUCCGGCGACUGGGCAUCCCCAGGGACCUGGUGGGAUGGGUUGCGUCCUUCAUGACCAACAGGAAAUCCACAAUUGCCUUUGAGGGCCAGGAAUCAGACACCUUUGACAUCCCAGCAGGCAUCCCGCAGGGGUCGCCCCUAUCACCUAUACUAUUCCUAUUCUACAAUGAGGAACUGGUGCGCAUCUGCUCAAGACCGGGGCGCCCGGUGGUGUGCAUAGCCUUUGUAGACGAUGUCAACGUGAUGGCCUAUGGCCAGUCCACUGAGGACAACUGCAGGGAGCUCCUGCGCAUGCAUCGGGCAUGCGAGGAGUGGGCAGCACGGCACGGGGCGGUCUUUGCCCCCCAGAAGUAUGAGCUAAUGCACUUCACACGGGCGCGCAACCAAUUCAACCUACAGGCUGAGCUGAGACUGCCAGGACAAACUAUACAACCGAAACAGGUGAUGAGGGUAUUGGGUGUAUGGUUAGACUCUAGGCUGAGAUGGAAGGGCCACCUGGACGCGGUGGCAGGCAAGAUGAAGACUCAAGUCAGAGCACUGUCCCAAACCACCCAAUCCACAUGGGGGCUCCCACUACGACAAGCGAGAAUGGUGUAUAACAUGGUCAUCAGGCCGGCCCUGACCUAUGGAGCAAUAGCAUGGCACCAGCCACAGGGGCAGGGGGGCACGGGUCCAGCUAAGUCAGGACUGGCCCUCAAGCUGACCACAGUGCAGAACUCCUGCCUCAGAAUAGUGGCAGGGGCAUACAAAAGAACCCCAACAAGCACACUGGAAGCGGAAACCCACACAGUACCCUUAGACAUCCACCUGGAUGGGCGAGUGGCAAAGGCGGUCAACAGGAUGAAGGCCUCAGGAAUGGCGCAACAAAUUGAGAAUGCGUGUGCGGCCAUAAGGACUAGGCUUCGGCACCGGGGGGUGACAAGGGGGGCACAGAGACACAUGGGAGCUGUGGUUCACCCGGCAGCCCUGCCAGUGGACUGGGAACAGCAAUGGAUUCAGGGUGCUAAGGAGAGAGCCACAGCAGAGAUGACACCGGAACAACGAGCCAACCUGGACCAAGCCUCAUAUAAUCACUGGCUGAAGCGCGAGCAGCUCUGGAGGUGGGUGCAGAGGUGGAAAAGACGUGAGCCCCCCUGGGGGGAGCGGCAUGGCCGGCCCCCAGACAAGAAAAUUCUGAAGUGGCACACCGGCCUGCGCAAGGCUCGCAGCACUAUCAUCAUCCAAUUGAGGUCAGGGAAAACCGGACUGGCAGCUUUCCUAAACCGGUGUAAGGUACCUGAAUUCCCCACCCCACGGUGCCCCUGUGGGUAUGAAUGGGAAACAGUCGAACAUGUUCUGAUACACUGCGAACGCUGGGAGCAGCAGCGUCAGGGCCUUAUAAGAAAUGGCAGGCUAGACAAGAGGAUGCUGCUAGACACCAAGGAAGGCCUGCAUCUCCUGUCAAACUGGUGGAUGGAGAGCGGGAUUCUAGGCCAGUUCACAUUAGCACGCGAGCUGACACACUAUGUACCAUAA